CGGAAGUGCACCGGCAUUUUCGUCUUCCACACGUACCUCGGGGAUACCUCGAGGAGCGAACGAACGAACCGCGAUCUGCCGCUGUGCGAUACAUCGAGCAUUGAUUUUGCGUCAGGAGCGAUCUCGAUUCAUCGACAGCGCGCGGAGCUGGGCGAGGAGCUGGCUAGCCGCGACCGUCACCACCACCAUCACCACCACCAUCACCGUCGCCGCCGCGAGGAAGUAUAGCCAUGAAUAAUUCACUCGGCUAAGACGGCCAGCACAGGAGUUUCUCCGAUUUCGAGGCACCGAGAGAGACUCUGAGGACCAAUCGAGAUGGGCGAGCACUCCGCGAGUUUUCUUCACCUCGGCGACAUCGUCAGCCUCUACGCCGAGGGAAACGUGUCCGGGUUUCUUUCUACGUUGGGGUUGGUCGACGACAGAUGUGUAGUAUGUCCCGAAGCUGGAGAUUUGUCAACUCCACCGAAGAAAUUCAGAGAUUGCCUUUUCAAAAUAUGUCCUAUGAACCGGUAUUCCGCCCAAAAGCAAUUCUGGAAGGCAGCGAAACAGAGUGCGAGUUCGGGCACAGACGCUAUCUUGCUCAAAAGACUUCACCAUGCAGCCGAAAUCGAGAAAAAGCAAAAUGAGACUGAAAACAAGAAACUAUUGGGCACCAUCGUUUCCUACGGUAACGUCGUACAGUUGCUGCAUCUCAAGUCCAACAAAUUCCUGACGGUAAACAAGAGGCUGCCAGCGUUGCUGGAGAAGAAUGCGAUGAGGGUAUACUUGGAUGCAAACGGAAAUGAGGGUUCGUGGUUUUACAUAAUGCCGUUCUACAAGCUGCGUAGCGACGGCGACAGCGUUGUCGUCGGUGACAAGGUGAUCAUGGAACCGGUGAACGCGGGUCGCCAGGGCCUCCACGUGGCCGCUAAUUAUGAGCUCAGCGAUAAUCCCGGCUGCAAGGAAGUUAACGUCGUGAACUCGUCCACGUCAUGGAAGGUGACUCUCUUCAUGGAGCAUCGAGAGAACCAGGAGGAGAUUCUCAAGGGCGGCGACGUGGUGCGACUGUUUCACGCCGAACAAGAAAAGUUUCUAACUAUGGAUGAAUACAAGAAGAAACAACACGUGUUUCUCAGGACGACGGGUAGGACCAGUGCUACCGCGGCCACUAGCAGCAAAGCUUUGUGGGAAGUCGAGGUAGUGCAACACGAUCCAUGCAGAGGCGGCGCGGGCCAUUGGAAUUCACUUUUCAGAUUUAAACACCUAGCAACUGGCCAGUACCUCGCCGCCGAGGUUGACGCGGAGGAACCACGGGAACUCGUGAAGGGCAAACGCGAUCCACCUGGACCGAUCUACAGAUUAGUGUCAGUACCGCAUAGCAAUGAGAUUAGCUCAUUAUUCGAACUGGAUCCUACAACUCUAACGCGGGGUGAUAGUCUGGUUCCACAAUCGUCCUUUGUCAGAUUACAUCACAUAUGCACAAAUACGUGGGUCCAUUCAACAAGCGUACCGAUCGAUAAGGAUGACGAGAAACCCGUGAUGUCAAAGGUGGGUUGCGCGACCAGUAAAGAGGAUAAAGAGGCCUUUGCUCUAAGAUCAGUGUCGCCAGUCGAAGUACGCGAUUUAGAUUUCGCAAAUGACGCCUGUAAGGUGUUGACAGCGAUGAGCAGCAAGCUGGAAAAGGGGACGAUUUCGCAUAAUGAGCGAAGAGCCGUUACUAGUUUGCUGCAAGACAUCGUAUACUUUAUAGCUGGAUUAGAGAAUGAGCAAAAUAAAUCUGAAGCGUUAGAACUGGUCGUUACGAACGCCGUGAGAGACCGUCAGAAACUAUUGCGCGAACAGUAUAUUCUUGGCCAAUUGUUCAAAAUACUGCAGGCUCCAUUCUUAGAAUCUGCAGAGGGUGAGGGACCAUUUCUUAGGAUAGAGGAACUUAAUGAUCCAAGACACGCUCCAUACAAAUACAUGUUUCGUCUGUGCUAUCGAAUACUCAGGCUUUCGCAGCAGGAUUAUAGGAAGAAUCAGGAAUACAUCGCUAAACAUUUCGCGUUUAUGCAAAAACAAAUCGGUUAUGAUAUUUUAGCGGAAGAUACCAUUACUGCGCUUUUACAUAAUAACAGAAAAUUGUUGGAGAAGCAUAUAACAGCUGCGGAAAUAGAGACAUUUGUAGGUCUCGUUAGGAAAAAUAUGCGUAACUGGGAAUCGAGAUUUCUGGAUUAUUUGUCGGAUCUGUGUAUCUCUAAUAAGAAGGCAAUAGCCGUAACGCAAGAAUUGAUUUGUAAAAGCGUACUUAGCGAAAAGAACAAAGAUAUUCUGUUAGGAACAAAAAUGGUGAAAACUCAGAUAGAGGAAAUCGAAGAUAUCGAUGAGAAGCAAGAGAACGCCGAGCCAAGAAUCACUGUUAUAGAAGAAUUUGAAGUGGUAUUGGAAUGGAAUAAUGGAACUAAAUCAAUGCCUCUGAGUGAAUUGUCAAGAGGGGCGAAAAUGGGAAACAUUCAUGACGCAGCAAUUUUAGACUAUUACAGGCAUCAAUUAAAUCUGUUUAGUAAUAUGUGUUUGAAUAGACAGUAUUUAGCACUAAAUAAUUUGUCACCACAUUUGGACAUUGAUCUUAUACUUAAAUGUAUGGAAGAUGAAACAGUACCAUACGAAUUACGUGCAUCAUUUUGCCGAUUAAUGCUACAUCUUCACGUAGAUAGAGAUCCGCAAGAACAAGUAACUCCUGUAAAAUAUGCUCGUCUUUGGUCAGAAAUCCCGUCAAAAAUGAGUAUAAACGAUUACGAUACGAACAGAAUACCGGACCAAAAUAAAGAGGCUGUUCGUACUAAAUUUAGUUCGACAAUCAUGUUUGUUGAGGAUUAUCUGUGUAAUGUUGUCGCGAAAAUGUGGUCUUUUGGGGAUCAAGAACAAAACAAGCUCACAUUUGAGGUCGUUAAAUUAGCACGUGACCUAAUUUACUUUGGAUUCUACAGUUUUAAUGAUCUAUUAAGCUUAACAAAGACAUUGCUUAGUAUUUUGGAUUGUGUGUCGGAGAAUGAAUCCACUGAUGGAAAGAUACCUACGGGUGAUAUCGAUUCUGAUACGGAUUCUGAGGAGGCAGCUGAAGGAGGUAUACUUAGAUGCAUUGGCGACAUGGGUGCUGUGAUGACAAACUUAACAUUAGGACCGGCUGGUCAAGUAUCCGGUUCCUCUCCAAGACCAAAGCCAUUAAUGAAGAAGGAAUAUCCCUUGGUGAUGGAUACAAAACUCAAGAUAAUCGAGAUUUUGCAGUUUAUUCUGGAUGUUCGACUGGAUUAUAGAAUAUCUUGUCUUUUGAGUAUAUUCAAACGUGAAUUUGAUGGAACAGCAUCGACGGCUGCAGAGAAGACCGGAGAUGUGAAUCUAGGACAGAAAGCUAUUGAUUUAGAUUCAAUUGGUACACAGGCAGAAGGAAUAUUUGGAAGCAGUGAGGAAUGCGCAGCGCUGGAUUUAGAUGGCCAAGGAGGUAGAACGUUUCUACGUGUUUUAUUACAUCUGGCUAUGCACGAUUAUCCUCCAUUGGUGUCUGGAGCCUUACAUUUAUUAUUCAGACACUUUAGCCAAAGACAAGAAGUUUUACAAGCAUUUAAACAGGUGCAGCUUUUAGUUUCUGAUAGUGACGUAGAAUCAUAUAAACAAAUAAAGGCAGAUUUAGACAUUUUGCGCCAAUCUGUUGAAAAAUCUGAACUUUGGGUAUAUAAAUCCAAGGCAACAGAGGAACAUGGAAAUAAGAAGAAGAAAAAAAGUAAAGAAGAAGAUGAUGAAGCCACAGCUCCUCGCAAACCUCUGUUAUCUGCAUUAGAUAAACAAGGGUCUGCUAUUGAUUUGGAUAUCGGCCCACCGUUACACCCCGAUCAAGCGGAAGAAUAUAAAAAAAUUCAACAGAUAUUAAUAAGAAUGAAUAAACUGUGUAUUCAAAAUCUGCCUGGUGGUCAAGUGAAAGCUCGCAAACACGAACAGAGACUUCUGCGUAAUGUCGGAGUACAUACUGUUGUUUUAGAUUUAUUACAAGUUCCGUACGAUGUCAAGGAAGAUGUCAGAAUGAAUGAAUUAAUGCGCUUGGCGCACGAUUUCUUGCAAAACUUUUGUCUGUCUAAUCAACAAAAUCAGGUUCUUUUGCACAAGCAGCUAGAUCUGUUCUUGAAUCCCGGCAUAAGAGAAGCGCAGACAGUAUGUAGUAUUUUUCAAGAUAAUUCCGUUCUUUGCAACGAAGUCGGUGCGAAAGUUAUACAGCAUUUUGUACAUUGUAUAGAAACGCACGGAAAACAUGUGCAAUAUUUAAAGUUUUUGCAAACUAUAGUGAAGGCAGAGAAUCAAUUUAUUAGAAAAUGCCAAGAGAUGGUGAUGCAAGAGUUAGUUCAAGCGGGAGAAGAUGUUUUAAUUUUUUACAAUGAUAGAGCCUCAUUUAAUCAUUUUGUAGAAAUGAUGCGAUCUGAAAGACAUCGAAUGGAUGAAAGCAGUCCUCUUCAAUAUCACGUAGAGUUGGUAAAACUUCUAGCUUGUUGCACGAUGGGCAAGAAUGUCAAUACUGAAAUUAAAUGUCACAGUCUGUUGCCGUUAGAUGACAUCGUUGCUGUGGUGUCACAUCCAGACAGUAUACCAGAGGUGAAAGAAGCGUACAUCAAUUUUCUCAAUCACUGUUACAUUGAUACGGAAGUCGAGAUGAAAGAAAUUUAUACGUCGAAUCAUAUGUGGUCGUUAUUUGAAAAAUCUUUUAUAGUUGAUAUGGGUUUAAUUGCUACGUCCACUCACGAUCGACAACACGCAGAUACAGCCUUGGAGACUUACGUGACGAGUUGUUUAAUGAACAUCAUAGCUACAUUUUUCAGCAGUCCGUUUUCUGAUCAAAGUACCACUGUACAGACAAGGCAACCGAUAUUUGUCCAGUUGCUUCAUGCAGCUUUUAAUGUAUCACAAUGUGCAUGGCUAAGUGCUGGACAAAGAUUUAACGUCGAGAAUUGUAUACGAACAUUAUCAGAAGUAGCUAAAGGAAGAGGUAUUGCUAUACCGACUGAUCUGGAAAGCCAGGUUGCCAAUAUGUUUAACAAAGCGGCUAUGCUCAGCAGACAAACCAACAAAUGGUUGCAAGCCGCUAAACAACCAAAAAUUGAACGUAGUCAAAGCCAGCUCAUGCGUUUAGAUCGAAGUAUUAUAGAGGGUCUACAAGACAUAGUGUCUCUGUUAGAAGAACAAUUAAAACCUUUGGUACAGUCCGAAUUGUCACUAUUAGUAGAUAUCCUCUAUCGACCUGAAUUACUAUUUCCCGCAGCAACUGAUGCUAGAAAAAGAUGUGAAAACGGUGGCUUUAUCAAGAGACUAAUUAAACACACUGAAAAAUUGUUAGAAGAAACAGAAGAAAAAUUAUGCGUCAAAGUCUUGAGGACACUCAGGGAAAUGAUGGCUAUUGAUCCUGAAUACGGAGAAAAAGGAGAUGCAUUGAGAAAUAAUCUUUUGACGCGUUACUUCGGUAAAAGUUUUACACAAAAUCCGGAGAAUGUUGACAUUGGAGUGUCCCGUAGUGCGACUAUUACCCAUGGUCCAGGAGCGAAAAUAUUAAGCCGAGCUGGUAGAACUUUGCACGAUGUGCAAACUCAUCUCGAUCAUGAAGGCGCUUCGGACUUAGUCGUAGAAUUGGUGAUUAAGAGCGUACACUCUCCAAGCAUAUUUGUAGAAGCUGUGGAACUUGGUAUCGCACUGUUGGAGGGUGGAAAUCCUAUUAUACAGAAGAGUAUGUUUAAUAAAUUAAUGGGUGGCGAUUUAAGUCAAUCAUUCUUCAAGGUGUUUUACGAUAAAAUGAAAGAUUCUCAGCAAGAGAUUAAAUCUACCGUAACAGUAAAUACAUCUGAUAUGGCAAUGAAAGCACAUGAAGAUAAAGAGGGCAAAGAUGACAAAUUGUCACGAAAACGUGGAUCAGGAAAGCCUAAUGGAAUGGUGAUAACCGAUGAGUUACGCGACGAAUUGAAUCAAGUCGCGGUAUCCAAUGCACAGGCAUACGCAAACAUACGUAAUGGUCUUGCAUCUGGUGAAGAUGUGGCAAAUAAUGUGUUAGACGACAUAAGUGAAAAGUCAGACAGAAACAAAAGCAAUUCGUCUGGUCCCGACAAGGAAGAGGGUCAAUUGAGCCCUAAAGUUCUAGUGAUGCAACCGAUUUUGCGUUUUUUACAAUUACUUUGUGAGAAUCAUAAUAGAGAGUUACAGAAUUUCCUAAGAAAUCAAAAUAAUAAAACGAAUUUCAAUUUGGUAUCGGAGACACUCAUGUUUUUGGACUGCAUUUGCGGUUCUACUACCGGUGGAUUAGGUCUUCUUGGUCUCUACAUUAAUGAAUAUAAUGUAGCGCUGAUCAAUCAAACUUUAGAAACAUUGACGGAGUACUGUCAAGGGCCGUGCCAUGAUAAUCAAAAUUGCAUCGCUACGCACGAGUCUAACGGCUUAGAUAUUAUAACGGCAUUGAUACUGAAUGAUAUUAAUCCUUUGGGAAAAACUAGAAUGGAUCUGGUACUGGAAUUAAAAAAUAAUGCCAGUAAAUUAUUGUUAGCGAUUAUGGAAAGUAGAGGCGAUAGUGAAAACGCUGAGAGGAUUAUGUAUAACAUGAAUCCGAAACAGCUCGUAGAUGUAGCAUGCAAAGCUUUUCAUCAGGAAUCAUUGGAUGAUUCCAGCGAUAUCGAUGAUUCUUCGACGUAUGGAGAAGAUGGAGUGUCGCCUAAAGAUGUUGGGCAUAAUAUUUACAUCUUGUGUCAUCAAUUAGCGCAACACAACAAAGAAUUGGCAAUGAUGUUGAAGCCAUCAGAACAGAAUACUGCGGAUCCAAAAAUUAACAAAGCAUUGGAAUAUUAUGCAUCUCAUACAGCUCAAAUAGAGAUUGUAAGACAUGAUAGAACGCUUGAACAAAUUGUUUUUCCUAUACCGGAAAUCUGUGAACUUAUAACUACGGACACAAAAAUAAGGGUAUUGAACACUACAGAACGAGAUGAUCAAGGAUCGAAAGUUUCCGAUUUCUUCGAGAGAACGGAAGACAUGUUUAAUGAAAUGAAAUGGCAAAAGAAGCUCAGAGGACAAUCAAUGUUAUUUUGGAUGAGCAGUUAUAUGUCAUUAUGGAGUAACAUUUUAUUCAAUUGCGCCGUUCUUAUAAAUCUUAUUGUAGCAUUUUUCUAUCCGUUUGGGAAUUCUGUGCUUGAGCUCAGUUAUCAUAUCUCAGCUUUAAUUUGGACAGUCAUACUUGUGUCUAUCACUCUCAUUGCUAUUUUGCCAAGGGAGACCGGUAUACGUACAUUUGUUGCAGCAACGAUAGUGCGAUUAAUUUUUUCUGUAGGUCCAGAACCGACAUUGUGGCUGCUUGGUUUUGUGACGAUUACAUUUAAAGUGGUACAUCUUAUAAGUAUUAUAGGUAAUCAGGGUACCCUGACUAGAAGCGUAGGACAAAUAAUAACAAAUAUCGAACUUUUGUAUCACAUGUUAUAUUUAGCAUUUUGUGUUUUGGGAAUUUUUAUGCAUCCAUUUUUCUAUUCAGUUUUACUCUUUGAUGUAGUUUAUCGCGAAGAGACUUUGCUCAAUGUAAUAAAGUCCGUAACUCGAAAUGGAAGAUCUAUUGUACUCACGGCUGUAUUAGCCUUGAUUUUAGUUUACAUGUUUUCCAUUAUCGGUUUUAUGUUUUUCAAAGAUGAUUUCCUCGUUCCUGUGGAUGAAGAGAUUAUAUCUUCCUUUGAGCAAAAAGUUGUGGAUACUUGUAGCACUGGUGAUAAAGAAAACUGCAAAGCUACAGAAACAAUAUCACGUUAUGCUAGUGAAGCGAAUGAACGAAUACAUAAACCCGAAAUAAUUAAUAUUGGCGGAGAAUUGAAAGAACGAACAUGCGAUUCACUCGUUAUGUGUAUCGUUACUACGUUAAAUCAAGGGUUGAGAAAUGGUGGUGGAAUAGGAGACAUUCUACGAGCACCUUCCAGCGUUGAACCUUUGUUUGUGGCAAGAGUCAUAUACGAUUUACUAUUCUUCUUUAUCGUGAUAAUUAUCGUUUUGAAUCUCAUUUUUGGUGUGAUUAUUGAUACCUUUGCGGAUCUUAGAUCAGAGAAACAGCAGAAGGAAUUGAUCUUGAAAAAUACUUGUUUUAUUUGUGGAUUGAAUAGAUCAGCUUUCGAUAACAAAACAGUUUCCUUUGAAGAACAUAUAAAACAUGAGCAUAAUAUGUGGCAUUAUCUUUAUUUUAUUGUUUUGGUGAAGGUGAAAGACCCGACGGAAUUCACGGGUCCAGAAUCAUACGUUUAUGCCAUGGUUAAGGAUCGAAAUCUGGAAUGGUUCCCGAGGUUGCGAGCCAAGUCAUUAGCGGCGGAUGAAGGUGAAGGAGAACAAGUAGAAUUAAGGAGUCUGCAAUCGCAAUUAGAAUCUACGCAGAUGUUAGUUAAAUGUCUGUCCCAGCAACUUAUGGAGCUUCGUGAUCAAAUGACGGAGCAACGAAAGCAGAAGCAGCGGUUAGGCCUCCUGAAUUCUGCGUCUCAAAUACUGCAUAAUAUACCCACGUAAAUUUAAGGCAUGUAUUUUCUUAUUUUCUUUUAUCCUGGACGAAUCUCAGUUUGAUACUCUAAGACAGUACAUACGUAAAAAAUAUUCGUGUGUUCUUAACUGGCAUUUAAAGAUAUGAAAAUAUACCGAGUGGGUAACCCGAGGCAUUUUUACGGUUUUGUUCCUAAUUUUAAUGAAAGUAAAGUACGCUUAGGGCAUUAAGGUUACAUCAUUCUUCUCGUUUUAUUACAAAGGUUCAUGGCUCGGUUUAUCGGUCAGCCAUCAAGGAACUCGAAUACCGUAAACUACAUUGUCAAUGUAUAUGAAUAUUGUUAUGCAUAUAUAGAGAAAUUUAUCCAUUGAUGUAUUAAGAUAAAUUACCUAAAACUUCCAAUUAAAAUGCUAUAAGGUAAUAUUCUAAUGUUUUAGAAUAUUCUCGUUUUUAUGUGAUCAAUAUUAUAUUUUAAUUUUGUUAUUAUAAUAUUUAUAUAUAUCCAAAUGGAUAUAUUAAAUAUAGAUAGUAGUAUCAGUGUUUUAACAGUUAUAUUUUAUAUUUUCUUUUGUUUUAUUCAAGGUUGUGUUAUGCGAAUUAUUCUGGUAGAUAUUAUAAAAAUAAAAAUGUUUUUAAAACUAGAUAAAAAUACAUUUGUAAAAUUGAUAUAGAUUUUUUAUAUUAUAAUAUAUAUUUCAUUAUAUAUAUAUUUGGAUUAUAUCCAUUUAGUUCAGAAUAAUUCUUUGUUGAUUGGUAUCACUUUCUUUAUAUUAUUUUUUUACUUUGUGUACAGAUGCAAUAAAACACACAAAAUGAUUUAAAUUAUAUUUUAGUGAAAGUACAUAAUUUCAUAAUAAUAAAACGCUCAAAUUUUAAUUCUGUAAAAAUCAUUGAAAUUUGUAUCCUAUAAUAUUUAGAUUGAUACAUUGUUAUGACGAUUUGUAAAUGCGGUUAGAAGAUAUAUGCAUAAUUGCGAAAGAUUAAAAUAUACAUUUAGGAUAUUGGAUUGUUGGUUCAGUUUUCACAAAGACGAUAUCAUAUCAAUCACGAGUGAUAUCACAAACAUAAUUAACAAAACCAUGGUAAUUAAUAGGGAUCAAUGGACUUUAUCUAAUAUGUAUAGGAAAAAUCUUUUGAAUUUUCAGAUUAUAAUGAACGAGUUUUAGAACAUUGUUGUCUGAUUAUUGAUUGUUAAUAUAUAAACGAUAGUUGACAUAUUAUAAAUUUUAAUCAAGUUGUGUUAUCGUAUUAUGAUAUAGAUAAAUUAUAUAGUUGAAUAUUGCAUGCUACUGCGCUGUUAUUGUGGAGUUAAAAUUUAACUCCUUUUCAAAAUAAUACUUGAGAUUUGUGUCUAUAUAGGAAUAUAAUAUAUACGUUUUAUUUGUUUUUAAUGUUGAUAUUAAAUUUAACGCAGUUGUAUAUAUUUUAUUAAAUACCGUAAUCGUCUAAAGAAAAUGAAACUAUGUUACUUAGAGCUAACUAUUUUUUAUUCCCUAUCAUAUAUUAUUAUAUUAUUAUAUGUAUAUUGAUCUCUUCAUAUUUCCUCUUUCUUUUAUGUCAAAUAUACCAGAUUGUAUUGUUAAGAUCUUUAAAUUUAAAUAGUAUCUAUUAAGAUAUAUUACUUUUUUCUGGCUCAUGCAAUCAUUUUUGUUACAUAAUAUACAUGUAGCUACAUUAUGCAUGUAAAUUACAUUCAUAUUUCCAUGUGAAUAAAUUAUGUUCUUUUUUAA